AUGACGCGCUCGGCAUCCUACUGCAUCUGUGUACCGUGCAACAUUAUGCUGUUAGUUCCAAAUAUAUCCACAUCAUCAUUGUCGUGCACACCUGGUGAGGAAGUAGCGGAGUCGGUGACCCGCUGCGGUGAGGUGGUGGAGCUCGGCUCCAGACUCCUGGGUGACGUUCACAAAGUGCAGCUGCUUCUGAACUGCGAGGCGCGGCAUGCAGCUUUCUUCGUAAUGACUGAAGAUGCCUGGAUAUCAUCCUGCUUAGAUAAUUUGACAAGCGAUGGAUCGUUACAAGCCGGUGCAUUCACAAUACAUCCGGUAUGUUGGGCCGGCGGUGGAAUAGUGCGCGGGACGGUGUGGUGCCGGGCUCCCAACGCUGGUCUCCACGUUGCACCACUUCGGGUGCUCGCCUCCACUGCUGUAGUGCGGCCGUUACAUCUGCUUGCAGAUUCGUUGUACUUUAAAAGAGAUCAUAUAACGCUUCAGGCGCAGGAUAAAGAUUACGACAUCUGCAGCGAGGAUGAUCCAGCGUGCGAGUAUUAUGUACACCUCGGGACCGGUUUCCCUCACCGUUCACUGUCGGCCACUGUUCAAAUUGUCAAUCACAGCUCAGUUUUGUAUUCAUAUUCCUGGAGCGUUCGUCCCUGGGGCGUCGGUUCUUGUUGGGAGGAAGAGAAGGCAGCGGCGGGAUCUCUGGUCUCCGACGACGCUAGUGCGCAGCUUUGUAUUGGGGCCAAAGAUGAAAAGGUAGACAACAACAGGUUAAUCAUGGACUAUUAUUGA